AUGACGAAACGACCCACCAUUGCACUUAGCUACCACCAACUUUGCGCCUAUCGAAACGGAAAGGUAGAUCAUUGUUUUCUGUCAAUUCCUUGUUAUUCGACUUUACACACACACACACAAAUCGGAAUAUUUCAUCUCUCCUCAUCCAGUGAAUCACGACCUGUGCGGAAGAGCUCAAAUAUCGCUCAGAAUACAAUGGCUGGAAGUGGGGAGCUUCUUGAAAAGAAUGGGGAGAAGGUGGUUAUUCUUUCUGGUGCUUCUAGGGGCAUUGGUCUAGCUAUAGCACACCAACUUCUCUCAAACUCCCAUAAACUAGUUCUCCUUUCGCGUUCCCAUGCCGCUCUCGACCAGCUGCACUACCAGUACGGUUCUGAUCGCGUUGAAAUACUUGCGGGUGAUCUAUCAGACUUUUCGCAGAAUUUCGCUGGUCGCGCUGUCGACCUCGCGGUGAGUCGCUGGGGACGCGUCGAUGCGCUCGUUGUCAACCAUGGUACGUUGGAUCCGGUUAAGAAAAUUGCGGAUUUGGAGCCAGGCGUUGGGGAAUGGAGAAACGGAUUUGACGUGAAUGUCUUCGCGGGGGUUGACCUGGUACGCGCAGCGAUUCCCUCUCUCCGUGCUACGAACGGGCGCAUAAUCCUCACCUCCUCCGGAGCCGCAAUAUCAGGCUACCAAGGCUGGGCGGCCUACGGAGCCUCCAAAGCAGCCCUCAAUCAUCUAGCGAUCUCCCUCGCCGUCGAAGAACCCCUGAUCACGACCAUCUCGAUCCGCCCAGGCGUUGUAGACACGGAGAUGCAGCGCGAGAUUCGCGAUGUGCACAUCACCGCCAACAAGGUCAUGAGCGAAAAGGACAGCGAGAAGUUCCUUGGACUCAAGGAGAACGGCGGACUAUUGCGGCCGGAGGCGCCUGGUGGCGUUAUCGCGAGGCUAUGUGUUGACAGCGGAGAGAAGGGGAGGGCAUUGAGUGGCAAAUUCUUGAGUUGGAAUGAUGAGGCUUUGAGCGAAUUUCAAGAAGAUAGUGAAGAUGCUGGUGCCGCUUCAUGA